UUUUACCCAACCCCUGUAUUCGAAACUACGUUGUAGCUAUACAAAUAUUUCUUAUGUUGCGGCUUAUUCAUUCAUUCUUUUAUAAUUAAUCUGUAAAAAAAAAAAUAUAAUAAUUCAAAUAACGAUUAUCAAAUAAAAAUUUUGUGUUUAUUUUAUCUUUUUAUUUAUUUAUUUAUUUUGGCGAAUGACUGUUAUUUUCGGAUGAUUGAUGCAGUCCUUGAAUGCGGUCACCCUGCAUAAUGAAGGCCGUUUAGUCGAGAAGCAGACGGCAUUUUCCAAUGCGAUCAUUGUCGAUCACCCAUCAGGGUUGAGAAGAAACUAUGCAUACAAAGCAGAUCAGAGUAUUGACUCUCAAUGGAGGAGAAAACAGGGAGACAACUCUGUACAGACUACAGAAAGGAUGGAUCCUAAGAUUUAACUUGGGACCUUCACUGUUUGUGAGUCCUGUCAGAAUAUUUUCCAAUCACCCCACAAAUAAAAGUGUACCGUUUGAUCGGACCAAGUACACAGAGCUCGAGUGGAACAGCCCCAGUGGUUCUAAGAUUGACCGACAUGAUGUGUAUGCCGAGGCUCAGAUCAACACUGCAGGGUCAUUCAACUAUUACUUCACAGCAGAUGGAAGUAAAGACAAACAACAUGCAGAUGGGGAGGGCUACUUUCUGGUGGACCCAGUCCUGUCAUUUUCUACCGAUGACUGUGAAGAUGAGGAAAACGAAGAACUGAGUUUGGACAGCAUUCAGUGUCAGUCUGUCAUCUCCAAACUUCUAGGUCCCUUCCCUGAAUGGGAGGGGAGGCUCAAAGUGUCCUACGAGACCGGAUAUAAUAUGAUCCAUUUCACUCCUAUCCAAGAAUUAGGUCAAUCCAACUCUGCUUACUCAAUCCGAAAUCAGUUAUGUCUGAAUCCAAUAUUUAACACAGAAAAUAAGACUUAUGGGUAUGAUGAUGUAGAAACACUUGUGAAUGAAAUGGUGAGAAAUUGGAAGAUCUUGUCUAUGACUGAUCUGGUGUUAAAUCACACUGCCAAUGAUUCUCCUUGGCUUAGAGAACACCCAGAGUGUGGAUACAAUCUUGUCAACUCCCCCCAUCUCAGGCCAGCGUAUCUAGUCGAUCGAAUUCUCCUUCACUUCAGCAUAGAUGUAGGGGAUGGAAAAUACGAAUCCAGAGGCAUUCCUGACAUUGUGGACCGUAUGGAACACUUAGAGGCAAUCAACAGAGUUUUACAUGAAGAUGUUUUUCCAUACUACAAGUUACAUGAGUUUUAUACAAUGGACAUUGAGGCUGUUCUCAGAGAAUUUAAGAGGGCAAUUGAAGAGGCAAGAUGUGUCUCAUCAUCUAAACCACAGCUUGAAUUGAUUCAGGACCCCCAGUUCCGAAGGAAUACGAGCACAGUCGACAUGGACACAGCUCUUCAUUUGUAUAACACUGACAGACCAGGGGUAUCCAGUAGGGCAGAACGCAUCCAGAGAUGUUGUGAAGAGUUUCGAGCCAAGCUUGAAGAGCUCAACAGACACAAAUUUGCCGAAAUGCAAGAUCAUAUAAAUGCUGCUAUCUCCAACUUUGUGGCCAAUGUUAAAUACAGAUUUGUGGAUGGCCAUGGUCCGAGAGUGGGGAAGGUCACGGCAGAGGAACCUCUGAUGUGGAAUUACUUUGUACAACCCGAGUCCUACGAUGGCACAGUGUUAUCAGAGGAAGUUAAUAUGGAUGGGGAUUCUGGGAAGCUUAUCAUGGCUGUCAAUGGAUGGGUGAUGGGAGAUGAUCCUCUCAAAAACUUUGCUGACCCAGACAGGACUGUUUACCUGCGGCGAGAGUUGUUACCUUGGGGAGACAGCUGUAAACUUAGGUACGGUAAGGAGCCGAAGGAUUGUCCUUAUUUGUGGCAACGUAUGAAGGACUACACAGAGGCGAUGGUUAAAAUAUUUCAUGGAGUGAGGUUAGACAACUGUCACAGCACACCUAUCCACGUGGCUGAGUAUGUUUUGGAUGCUGCUCGUAAGAUUAGACCAGACCUGUAUGUAGUGGCCGAGUUGUUUACAGGGAAUGAGAGUGUGGAUAAUAUUUUUAUGAACAAACUCGGAAUUAACUCUCUCAUACGAGAGGCAAUGAGUGCCAGCGACUGUCACGACCAGGGCAGACUGGUGUACAAAUAUGGGGGUACUUCAGUGGGAUCCUUCAUCCAGCCCCGUGUACAGCCCCUGCUGCCCACCACUGCCCAUGCUCUCUUCUUUGAUCAAACUCAUGACAAUGAAAGUCCAGUAGAGAGAAGAAGUCCGUUUGACCCGUUUCCAUCAGCAGCCAUUGUUUCCAUGGCUUGCUGUGCUACAGGCAGUAACCGAGGAUACGAUCAACUGGUUCCACAUCAUAUUCAUGUUGUGAAGGAGGAGAGAUUGUAUAUGUCUUGGGCAACUUGGGACUUUCCAGAGCCACCAUUUAUGAAUGAUAAAUUUGGAAUCACAGCUGGGAAGAAGAUCUUAAAUAAACUUCAUUACCACCUCGGUGUAACUGGGUAUUCUGAGGUGUAUGUAGAUCAGCUGUCGCACGACACGGUAGCAAUAACACGACACAAUCCCCAUAACCACGAGUCAUAUGUCAUGGUGGCUCGAACAGCAUUCCAAAAUCCACAAAAUCCAAAGGAAACUGGCUACAUUAGGCCACUACACGUAGAUGGAGAAAUAACAGAAAUAGUAUUUGAAGCCAAGUUUAGUGAAACUGAAGGUUUCAAGUACGAAAAGAACCCCAAUUUUAUCAAUGGUCUCCCAAAUUACUAUCUGGACAUAAAAGAAAAGUUAGAAACCAGUGCAAGUGAAUCAAUCAAAAUAAGGAAGCAGGGCGACUCCUCAGAAGUGGACUUCCAUUCCUUUCCUCCGGGUUCUGUGGUAGUUUUCAAACAGGUUCUUCCACACAAAGCUAAGAAUGCAAUUCUAAAAAUUCGCCGUGGAGUAAGCCAGUUUGGAUAUUUAAUGAGAUCGUACAGUGGGAGGACUAUGUUUGAUAAGACAUUCGACAGCAGUAAUUUCCACGCAAUUGUCAGUAAACUCUCGUUAUCGGAUCUGAAUAUUGUGCUAUAUCGGUGUGAUUCUGAGGAGGCAGCUGAUGGAAAUGGCUUUGGAGCUUACGACAUUCCUGGGUAUGGGCCCAUGGUUUACUGUGGACUAAGAGGACUAAUGGCUGUGUUGGCACAUGUGCGUCCAAACAAUGACUUGGGACAUCCACUAUGUAAUAACCUGAGGGAAGGAAACUGGUUGUCAGAUUAUGUGGCUAACAGGUUGAAAGUUCACCCAAACACUCGAGAUCUUGGUGAGUGGUUUGCUGGUGUGUUGGGAAAUUUAAACGACAUCCCUAGGUUCUUGGUUCCAUGCUAUUUUGAUACAGUGAUUACAGGGGCAUAUGUAGUACUGAGAGACCAGACCACAAAGCUCAUGUCUGAGUUCAUCCAGGAUGGUUCAACCUUUGUACAGAUGCUGUCCUUGGGAAGCCUUCAGUUCUGUGGAUAUGUCAAGAAUGCAAAGCUUCCCAAGUUAUCUCUGACUAUGAAAUCAACAACUCCAAAUGUUGACGUAGAUCAUCCUCUGUCAUUGGCUGCUGGAUUUCCCCAUUUUGCCAGUGGUUACAUGAGGAACUGGGGAAGAGAUACGUUUAUUUCUCUGCGAGGUUUACUGUUGCUAACAGGCAGAUAUGAUGAUGCUAAGUUGAUAAUAAUGGCUUAUGGAGGUUGUUUACGACAUGGCCUAAUUCCUAAUUUACUUAACGAGGGAAAAGGUGCUCGCUUUAAUUGCCGUGAUGCCUUCUGGUGGUGGCUCCAAGCCAUCCAGGACUACUGCAGCUUUAGGGGAACAGAUAUUCUAGAGGAAAAAGUGGCUCGACUGUAUCCAAGUGACGAUUCAACUGUCCAUGAACCUGAUGGACAAUAUGAUCAACCAUUACAUCAGGUCAUUCAGGAAGGUUUACAACGACAUGCUGAAGGACUGAAGUACAGAGAAAGAAAUGCUGGCACAGCAAUUGAUGAACAGAUGUCAGAUGAAGGAUUUAAUAAUGAAAUAGGAGUGGACUGGGAAACGGGCUUUGUGUUUGGAGGAAACGAGCGUAAUUGUGGUACCUGGAUGGACAAGAUGGGAAGCUCUGUUAAGGCUGGGACAAAAGGAAAACCUGCCACUCCAAGGAGUGGUUCAGCUGUGGAACUUGUAGGGCUAUGUAUGUCUGCAUUAACCUGGUUAGAAAAUUUAGCUGACCAAAAAAUCUACCCUUAUGAUGGAGUUUCUAUCAUCAAAGAUGGAGUCUCUACAAAAAAGACAUUUAAAGAAUGGUCUAGGCUGUUAAAAGACAAUUUUGAGAAGCAUUUCUGGAUAAAUGUGGAUCCUACUGCUGAAUAUGAGACCCACCCUGAGCUGAUUAACAGAAGAGGUUUUUACAAAGACUCGUACUUCGCUAAACCAUUCUGGGCAGAUUUUCAGCUCAGACCAAACUUCCCGGUUGCUAUGGUUGUGGCUCCCCAGCUGUUUCCACCAGAGUAUGCCUGGACAGCGCUAGCACAGGCUGAAGAUGUACUGCUUGGAUCUUUGGGAAUGAAAACACUAGAUCCCAGGGACUGGGCGUAUGUUGGAGAUUAUGACAACUCAAAUGACACAGAUGACUGCAAAGUGGCACAUGGAUUCAAUUAUCACCAAGGGCCAGAAUGGGUAUGGCCACUUGGAUAUUUUCUCAGAGCAAAGCUAUACUUUGCCAAGAUACUGGAAUCCAAGAGGAAGGGGCUUCUGAAGAGCACUGUUAGCUUCAUCAAGACUCGACUCACUCCUCACUAUGAACACAUAAUGGCAUCUCCCUGGCAGUCUCUUCCAGAACUGACAAAUUCCAAUGGCAGGUUUUGCCCAAGCAGUUGCCCAGCCCAGGCUUGGAGUGCAGCCUGUAUACUGGAAGUCUUGUAUGAUUUGGAGGAAGUGGGAAUGGUAGAUGAUAUUGCCCCUCGACGAAACUCAGCGGAUUUGUCUCAGAAGACGGUGCUGGUGUAAAUGACAGAAAACCCAACAGUUAGGGUAUAACUGUGUGAAAGAUCUGUUCCUUGGGAUCGAAUUAUCUGUAACCUCAUUGUGUUUGGUUCAUUAAUGACAAUGCAUAUGUAUUUCUCUAUUCCCCCUGUAUAAUUGUGUAUUAUGAAUAUAUCCCGUCUAUGGCUUUAGAACUUUCCCAGUGACAAUCAGAAAACUAAUCUUACCGAUACUUCAUGGUGAUAUUACAGUGGAAUCGUAAAAAUAUUGAUAACAUCAUUUUCUCAAAACCUGUUAUCACAAAAGAGGUAUUCUGGGGGAGGAAUUGUUACAUUAUCAACGGGAAAGUACAUGUACGUUUUAUAUCAGUAUUUGGUUGACAGGAAGCAGGAUAGGAGAAUGGAUGUAUACUAAACUCUCUUAUACCACUUUUAAGUCAAAGGGGGGUAUAUCUGGUAGAUGGUAUACUAGAAUGAUAAGAAUACAUAAUGUCCUAUAUACAGUGUAGAUUAAACCUGUGUAGACUAUGUAUUUCUGUAACCAUUUGUUAUUUCCUCCAUACUGUGGAUGUGGAAAUUUACAGGAUUCUUUAUUUUCAUUAGAUUAGCAUUGUUGAUUUUUGUCCAAGAAAUUUAUCAAGCUUUUAAUUGAUUUUAUACUGAUGAACAUUAGCAACAAAAAGUAUUAUAAGAACUAAAUUUAGCAAGUGGAAAUAGGACUUUCACAGGUUCAAAUGUUUUGAAAAUACACAAAAAUUAUAUUCACUUGCAUUAGUGGAUUAUCGAAAUUAUAGUAUCUUGUAUCUGGAUCUAGACUGCCAAAUUAUUUGCAAUUAUUGCAUGUAUUCAUAUAUAGUAUUAAAUGUAACAGUAGUCUUAGUGUUGAAGGAGAUUUAUUUUGUUGAUUUUGCGAUACAAUACAUUCACAAUUUAUCCCUUUCCAAUACAGUACAUGAAUUCUUACCUUGUGUCGUUACAUCAGUUUCCAAUGUGUACUGUUUGUAAGUUCCUUCACAAAAUGGAAUGUUGUUGAUUUUUCCGUUUAAGGUCUCUCCACCCAAACUACAACUUCAGUGUUUUCAAAUGUACAUGUAUUUGUUUUAGGCAAUUUUAAAUGUUGAUAUAAUGCACUAUUGGAUUUAUUCAUGACAAACUGAUGCUACAGUGUGGCACAAUAAUGAAUAAAUAACUUAUUUUUUAAUCCAGUGCAAGUCACAAAUUUCUUAAGGAUAUAAAUUCUACCAAUAUAAAUACACAUUGGUAUUUAUAGUAUACAUUUUUCAUGUACCAAAAUGUAUUUCAAGAAAGGUAAUUUUCACUUCCAUUUCUGCAUCCUAUUUACCCAUGUUUUUUGUGACUGUGAUAAUGAGAGAGUUUACUGUGUAGUUUUUAAGUGAUAUUUUAUAUUAUAAACUUGAAUAUUAAAAAUGCUUUGAUUUUGA